GAAUUAAGGACAUACCAAAUAAUAUUAGAAAAAAUGGAUGAAGACUUAACCCCUAUUCCAUCACUCACUCCGGACAUUCAGAAAUUUAGAAUAUAUGGACGAGUGACAUACUUUCAAGAAAACAAAAAUGGCAAUGGAAUUCAUUUCCUGCUCACCGACUCGUUAGGAUGCUCGAUUAAAUGUAUUGUAACAGUAGAAGCAGUUGUAAAACAUUGCAAAGAUCAACUCAAGUUGGGCCAGCCUUGUUAUGUACGUGGUGGAAGAGUUGAUUAUCAUGACAAAAGAUAUCCAAAUCGCACAGGCCACGAUUGUGUGAUCUUCAACAAUAAUAUAGCAGAAAUCCAGAUUACAACCGUCGCUACAAACUUUGUAACUCCGAUUGCAACACUCAAUGCUCCCAAGAUUAUUUAUAAGGUUCAUGGAAUGAUAACACAGCGGGGCAAAUAUUCCAAAAAAGAAGUUUUUUGUUUUGUUAUAACUGAUGACAAAGGAGACUCUGUUAAUGUUGCUGCAUUCUGCGAAUUUGCUGAUUGGCUAUACGAGAAUCUUAAGGAGAAGCAGUGGUAUUACUUAUACUGUGGACUUAUUGAAAAAGUAUGCAAACCAGACGACCAAAAAGAGCCCAAUAAUGUUAUCAUUCUUCACAAUAAAUGUCAAAUUGAGACUCCUUCUGACCCAUCAGUUGCUGACCCAUUUGCUGAGUUGGAUGAUUUAAAUUGUACAAUUAAUAAGAUGAAACUUUAAUUUGCCGUGUGUAACCGAAUGGCUCAAUAAAGAGGGAAAGUGUCCAACAUGCCGCAAGUUGCUUCUCAACCCCGCCGACUACCCUCCAUUGAAUUAAAUUUAUAAUAUUUUUAGUGUCUCAAGUUUGUAUUUUGAAUGUAUGAGAAUAUUUCGAAAAAAUUAUAUCAUGAAUUACUUUCUUCUU